AUUAACCCACUAGCUCAACCCAUUAUCUACACCACAAUAAUCACAGGCACACUUAUCACAACACUAAGCUCACACUGAUUUCUCGCCUGAACAGGCCUAGAAAUAAACAUACUAGCUUUCAUUCCGAUCUUAAUAAAAAAAACAAGCCUCCGCUCCACAGAAGCCGCUACUAAAUACUUCCUAAUUCAAUCUACCGCAUCUAUAGUCCUCAUAAUAGCAAUCAUCUCCAACAACCUGCUAUCAGGGUGCUGAACAACAACGAACUACAUCAGCCAACCCCCAUCCCUAAUAAUAACAACCGCCCUCGCCAUAAAACUAGGAAUAGCCCCCUUCCACUUCUGAGUCCCAGAAGUCACCCAAGGAACACCCCUAACCUCAGGUCUACUCCUUCUUACAUGACAAAAACUAGCCCCCAUCUCAAUCAUGUACCAAAUUCACCCAUCAAUCAACACCCACAUCCUCCUAACCCUCUCCACCCUAUCCAUUGCAGUAGGCAGUUGAGGAGGUCUAAACCAAACACAAUUACGCAAGAUCCUAGGGUACUCUUCAAUCACACACAUGGGUUGAAUAAUGAUAACACUUGUAUACAACCCAGCAACUACAAUUUUCUAUUUAACUACAUACAUUAUCCUAACAACUACCAUAUUCCUAACCCUCAACUUAAGCUCAAGCACCACAACCCUCAUACUAUCCCGCACCUGAAACAAAUCAACCCACCUAGCACCGCUAAUAGCACCCAUUCUCAUAUCUCUAGGAGGCCUACCACCCCUAACCGGCUUCCUACCUAAAUGAAUUAUCAUCCAAGAACUCACAAUGAACAACAACUUCCUCAUCCCCUCUAUUAUAACUAUCAUAACCCUACUUAACCUAUACUUUUAUAUACGCCUAAUCUACACCACCUCCCUAACGCUAUUCCCUACAUCCAACAACACAAAAAUAACAUGACAACUCGAAAAUACAAAACCCACACUCCUUAUCCCCCCACUCAUCAUCACCUCCACCCUUCUACUACCAAUCUCCCCCCUACUCUUAACCCUUCACU